AUGAAGCUGCUAACUCACAACAUGCUCUCCUCGAACAUCAAAGGCGUGGCCAACGGCUUCCCUCUCCGCAUUGAGGUGGAGAAGGCAACAGAGAAGCAAGUGGAGUUAAACGCCGGCUUCCUCCGAAACGUGUUCCCCAUGAUCGAGUGGAAGGCCCUUGUAGAUGCUGCCCAGCUCCCUGAGGUGGCCGACUCGUCCAUGCUCGACUCCGACUUCUUGAACAAGUUCCACCACGCCCUUCUAGAGCUCCACCUUGAGAAGGACGCGCUCGUUUGUCCCGAGACCGCUCGGCGCUUCCCGGUCAGUCAAGGAACUCCCAAUAUGCUGCUUCUUGAAGACGAGGUCUGAAUCUGAUAAGGUUACUUAAUUAAGAGACUUUUGUUUCCUCUUCGUGGUUGUUUUCUGAUACGGCUUUUGGCUACACAGACAUGAUAUCCUAUAUAAGGGGCAU